AUGGCCGAAGACGAUGAAUUCCACCCCUUCAUUGAAGCUCUUCUUCCUCAUGUUCGUGCCUUUUCCUACACAUGGUUCAAUCUGCAAGCUCGGAAGCGAAAGUACUUUAAGAAGCAUGAGAAGCGGAUGUCAAAGGAUGAGGAGCGCGCCGUGAAAGACGAGUUACUUGGUGAGAAGCCCGAGAUCAAGCAGAAAUGGGCGUCCCGGCUGCUGGCCAAGCUACGCAAGGACAUCCGCCCAGAGUUCCGCGAGGACUUUGUCUUGACCAUCACUGGCAAGAAAGCCCCGUGCUGCGUCCUCUCCAACCCAGACCAGAAGGGCAAAAUCCGCAGGAUUGACUGCCUGAGACAGGCAGACAAGGUCUGGAGGCUGGACCUAGUUAUGGUCAUCUUGUUCAAAGGGAUCCCUCUUGAAAGUACUGACGGGGAGCGGCUGUACAAGUCGCCACAGUGCUCAAACCCAGGCCUCUGCGUCCAGCCACACCACAUUGGAGUCACAAUUAAAGAACUGGAUCUGUACUUGGCGUAUUUUGUUCACACUCCUGAAUCAGGACAAUCAGACAAUUCAAACCAGCAAGGAGAUGCGGACAUCAAACCACUGCCCAAUGGGCAUCUGACUUUCCAAGACUGUUUCGUGACAUCGGGUGUCUGGAAUGUCACGGAGCUGGUGAGAGUGUCACAGACUCCCGUGGCCACAGCAUCCGGUCCGAAUUUCUCUCUGGCCGACCUGGAGAGCCCCAGUUACUACAACAUCAAUCAAGUGGCUCUCGGGAGACGGUCCAUAACCUCUCCGCCUUCUAGCAGUUCCACCAAGCGCCCCAAGUCGAUAGACGACAGCGAGAUGGAGAGCCCCGUCGACGACGUCUUCUACCCCGGGACGGGGCGGUCCCCUGCAGCUGGCAGCAGCCAGUCCAGCGGGUGGCCCAACGAUGUGGACGCAGGACCGGCUUCUUUAAAGAAGUCAGGGAAGCUGGAUUUCUGCAGUGCCCUCUCCUCCCACACCACCUCCCCGAGAAUGGCUUUCACCCACCACCCGCUGCCUGUCCUAGCAGGAGUCAGACCAGGAAGCCCCCGCGCCACAGCGUCGGCCCUGCACUUCCCGUCAACCUCCAUCAUCCAACAGUCCAGCCCUUACUUCACCCACCCGACCAUCCGCUACCACCACCACCACGGCCAGGACUCGCUGAAGGAGUUCGUGCAGUUUGUGUGCUCGGAUGGCUCCGGGCAGGGCUCUGGGCAGCCUAACGGUAGCGGCCAGGGCAAAGUCACGGGGUCAUUUUUGCUGCCGCCGCCACCACCUGUGGCCAGACCUGUGCCCCUUCCAAUGCCUGAUACAAAAUCCACCAGCGCUCACCCAGAGGGCGGAGCACCGACGCCAACAUCACCCUCAUUCUCAGCGCCAGCCUCCUCCUCCUCUGCCAACCGGUUUGUCGGCAUCGGACCCCGGGACGGCAACUUUCUAAACAUCCCCCAGCAAUCUCAGUCUUGGUUCCUCUGACGGGAUCUUCAAGCGAAGAAAAAUAAUACAGAUGACGAUGAUGAUGAUAAUAAUAAUAGUAGUAGUAAUUUUUCACUCAAAGCCCCAAGAGUAAGCAUCUUCAGUCCUUAACCCGUCUCUUCACCGAGCUGCUCCUCUGGAAGGAAACGUCGUCGUCAGAGACGUCAUUGUCAGGCGGCCACGCAGCAGACGAGAAGCUUCGAAAAGGGUCGCGUCGGACUUCCCCGAUCCCAAGCAGAUUCGGCCGUUGUGUCGGUGGACGCCGUGUGGAAUCCCAGCCGCACCUGUAGAUGCCACGUAACGCUGUUUACGGUUCUGUGCGGUCGCUCUGGACAGGCCCCCGUUGAAACAGCAAAAGGGAUGGCUCUGUCUUCAUCGUGGGGGAAGGAAUUGUCUUGGCACCGACCGGCCUCAGACCUCCAGGGGGCACCCAGGUCGGCUGGGCUCUGCCGUCUUCCAGAGGGCCGCAGAGCGGGCUCGAAAGAGCGGGGUCCCUGCCCCUCUGAGCGCACAGGGUUAGGGUUAUGCUUCUUGAUCACUCGGCUGCAAUUAAAAAUCCCUGGCAAAGCUGCCAGCGGGAACAAAUUGGUCCUACCGCUCGCCAUUCAAGUGCCCAGAAGAGGUUUUAAAAGCUGGUCCGGAGGGAGGGAGGGAGGGUGUGCUGGUUCCGAGUCAGAACUGGUUGGACAGGAGAGAACUGGGUCACCCUUCGCGGUACGGCCAUCGCCACCCAAACCUAAAGGCCUUCUCUGUUAAACCGCCCUUGUUAGCUGAACGAAAGCACUGGGGGGGGGGGGCUCUCCCUUCCCCUACACCUGACAAACGUCCCGGUGGGCCGCAUCCAACCAUCCCUGCACGGAAGCCUUCCUGCGUUCUUUCCCAUUCCUGCCGCCCUUUCCGAUCCCUGGAAAGCUCGUCCCCGAGGUCGAAGGAUCGGUGUGCAGGGCUCCCCCCCCUGCAGGGGGUAAACACGGUCUUUCUGGGGUUUGGAAGGGGCCGCGAGAAGAGAGGGGGGCGUUUGAGGGCUCUCUAGUCCGUGCACAGAGCGGUCAGAUGCCACGUGGCAUCUGGCAAUUCCCGGGCUGCUUUCGCGGGGCGGCGAUUUCCCCUUCUUCCCCCUCAAUCCCCUGGUCCAUGCCACUUGCACCCCCACUCCCAAACGGCUUUUUGACAGCUCUUUUUUUGGGGGGGAAAGGUACUCUUAUAGUCCAUGACUUUUUUUUAAAGCCGGCAAAAAGCCCCUUGGGGUGUGCGUUGAGGGUGUGCCAAGGGAACCGGAGGGCGAAUGGCAACAGGCGUGGGCAGAGGGGGUGAGGAAUCCGCCCCUCCCCAUCCACCCUGUGGGGAAAGACAGCUUGAUAUCAAUAUUGACGAAAAGAUCAAAGCAAAAUCAGGGUCUGGAAGCCCCGGAGCACCCCACAGGCGGCCACGGAAGACACCGCGAGGGCAUCCUACGGGAGCCCUGCCGGUACUCCUUCUUCCGGGAGGAUUUUUUCCUGCAGCCUAGGAAUCAAAAAGUAUGACGCCAGAGUUACGGGCAAGCAUCUUCCCCGCAAACCGAGAGAAGCCCUGCAGGUGAGACACACUUCUAAAAACUGCAUCCGGCCUCCCCAGUCCAGAGUAGAUUUGGUUCAGGCGGCCAAACCAGGCAGGUCUUGUCAAAUGCUCGCCUCUUAGAGGAGAAGUCACUGUACACACACCCUUCUAAGUAUUCGCAAUUCGUAGACCCUGUGGACAUUGAUUUUAAAAUAUUGGAAAUCCAUCGCAAUGAACGAAUAAGCCCAGGGGCCCUGCUGAACGUGUGCCGUGGGCAGGUUCGUGAGGCCGGUCCAGACGUGGUUCCACGCAGCUUCUGGCCUGUUUUGGCCUGGGGGGUUGGGUGGGGGGCUGCAUUCCUUACCCCCCCGACUGCCAGUCAUUCCCUUUUGAGGUUUGGGGUGUCUUGUCGUCGACCGUCCUGACGCUUUUCCUGAUCCCUUUUCUCUGCUUUAUUUUAAUUUUUUUCUUGCCUUUAGUUGUAGCGUUUCCAUUGGUUUCCUAUACAUACAGGUGUCAACAGCGAACAAAAAGUUAAACAGAAGGGAAAGACAAAAAAGCAAAAAGAGAAAAAAAAUCCCUAAAGUUCAGUAAGCAUCAAACGCACUCUGCAAACUUCAGCACAAAAAGAAGAGAAACAAAUUCCAUAGUUAGAGAUAGCAAAGGCUGUUCUGACUGGUAGAUGAAAGAGUUUGGCCUGGCUGGCUGCACACAACGUGCUGCGCACACACCCCGGAAGGAGUCCCGCAACUGGCCCCCGCUCGCUUUCCCCUUUUCCUUUCUAAGCUGAGCACGACGCCUGCAGGGCGGAGGAGAGCCAACGCUCUUCUCUUCCUUGCGCAUUGAAGGAGGCCCCCUGGGGGUUGGAGGGGGCACUGCCGCAGAGAGCCAGUGACCAGAUUGUCCGUACGGGGCCAGGGGCCUUGGCCCGCUCCCCACCGGCCACUGUUGUCAGGAGUUACCUCCUAAGUGGUCGGGGGGGGGGAGACAGAGGCCCCCUCCCCCCCUUCGGCUCUUCUCCUUUGGGUCCCCCGGAGAGGCACCAGCCAGCAAAGGGGACUCCUGCCGGCAGAGGAGGUUCAGGGCCAGGAAUCUGCAUCCCUGUCCAAGUGCAAUGAUUUUCCUAAUCCCAGAUGGAGAAACAGGGUCGAAAGCAGGGAAUUCUGAGGGCUGUAGACCGGCCCGGUCCCUCCGCCAGCACUGGGCUCCCCACGUCACCCACCCACACGGCCGGCACGAAGGUGUCGACUUGCCCCUGAUGCUACUGCCACCAGGGGGGAGAGUCCUUCUCCCAGGGGCCCAGUCUAGAGCCACAAAGCCCUGGCGCGGGGGCUCCGAACGGGCCCUGCCUGGAGCCCCCCUGCCCUCCCAGGUCCACUCCUGCUCAGGAGGCCUGGAUCCUGCGCCUUCUAGAAGCGGCACCCAGCUGCUUCCUCCACCUCCCCCCCAACAGCCUGCCCCCAGCCCCCAUUUAAGAAGGGGAACCCAGAGGAGAGGGAGGCAGAGCCCCGCUUGGCACAGAGAGAUCGGGACCCGCGAGGACUGGAAGAGCCACGUCUGUUUCUCCAAGAGGUCCUUCCACGGCAGUGGCCAUGGAAGCGGAUCCUGGCCCGGAGCACUUAAGGAACAGACUUCUCCCCCUCCUCCAGCGCAGGCUGGCCUUUCGCCUCUUGCUCAGCUGCUGCGACCCGGAGCCACGCUAGUCGCAUCCUACAGCACUGGGGGAGCGGAGCGGCACACCUCGCAUUCUUUCAUGGGGCGUUCCCUGGCUGAGAGAGGUGACCCCCCACCCUCCCCACAAACAAGCCGUCUUGGAGCGGUGUGUCCAAAUCUCUCUUUGCUUGACAAUUCCGAGGCCAAAAAUAGGUGGGGAAAUGGGUGGGGGUGUCCAAAUUGGGGGGGGGGACUUCCCACACUAUGAAAGGCCGAAAGUCACUCUACAGUCGAGAUCUUUUCUGCUGUUGCUCUAUAUUCAGCAAGUGUAUUCUGUUAAAUUAUUGAAAAGGGAAUGAGUCAGUCAAACAGAUUUCCGUGGGCAGCCGUGUUUGUCUGAAGUAGAGGGGCUCGAUUCAUGUCCCGCUGCACCUUAAGAGGCCAACCAGAUUUCGGGAGGUCUGAACUUUAGAGAGUCCGCGCUCCCUUCGUCAGUCAAACACGUCUUUAAAAACUUUUGAGCCUUCUCAGUUUCACUGCCAGUGUUGCUCAGACUAGACUUCCUAUUUCGGAACUCGGGGUGGUGGUGGUGGGGAGGUAGGGGCGUGCCUUUGGAUCUUCGAACCAUGGGUUUGCAGGCAUUGAGAGAUGGGAGAGCUCAAAUGCACAGCCCUUCAGCACUGGAGGGGUGGAAGGAGACUGUGGCCUAAGUAUGGGGGGGGGAAAGCCUCGGGGUCCCAGCGGUGAUGGCGCCAUAACUCUUGGCACCUGCUGGCAUGUGACCAGGGGAGGGCAGCCACCAGGGGCCGGGUGGCGAGGCAGGGGCAUCUACCAGCCGGCUCAGCUCAAGCGGGGCGAGGGGCUGUACUCACAAGGCACGGAUUUGGAAGGGGUGACCCGGAGGACCUUUUAAACUUAGAGUAGUUGGAAGGUGUGGGCGGCAGAAUGGGAAAAAAAACACAGGAGCCUGUGUUUAGGAGGGGAAACUUUUUAAAAAAAA